UCCUACUUGGACAUUGAAGCAGAACUAAGCUUGGCGGACAAGAAGAAGAGGGACCUCCGUGCAGAGGACGCGACCGAGGAAGCAGAGAAGCUAGCCAUGAAGGAACUGGGGAUAAACAGGGCUAAGUUGUUUGGUUGGCCAAACACCUACGUUUUCACCAAAGCGAUGGGUGAGAUGUUGCUUGGACACUCGAGAGGAGAUCUGCCGAUGGUUAUUUUACGCCCAACGAUCAUAACAAGCGUUCAGAGUGAUCCACUGCCGGGUUGGGUCGAAGGAACACGGACGAUCGACAGCGUGCUCAUAGGUUACGCGAAGGGGAAGAUCACAUGCUUCUUUGGAGAUCUCGAUAUCAUCAUGGACGUGGUGCCCGGGGACAUGGUGGUGAAUGCGAUGAUGGCGACCAUGGCAGCUCACUCGAAGCAGCAGGCCGAGUUCACCUACCACAUAGGCUCGUCCGUGAGAAAUCCAGUGACAUACGCCACCCUGGAGCAUUGUGGAUUCCGUUACUUCCUUGCCAACCCUCGCGUCGGGAGAGAUGGAAGUGUCAUGCCGACAAAGAGGCUUUCUUUCAUCAAAAGCAUGGUCCUUUUCCGCGUCUUCAUGACUCUGAGAUACAAGCUGCCAUUGGAGGUAAUGCACCUGGUCAAUCUAUUAUCUUGUGGACGACUCGCUCGCGGAUACAAUGAACUCAACCGGAAGUACAAGUUCAUGAUGUAUCUUGUUGACCUUUACAAACCCUACGUCUACUUCGAUGGAUGCUUUGAUGAUCUAAACAUGGAGAGGUUGAGGAUGGCGGUGAAGAAGGACGACGCAGAGGCCAAGAUGUUUGAUUUUGAUCCCAAGCACAUUGAUUGGGAGGACUACUUCAGUAGCAUUCAUAUCCCAGGUGUAAUGAAAUAUGCAUUCAAGUGAGCCAUCAAAGAUGAACAACAGGAUGUUCGAUGCGCUAUCUAUUAAAAUUUUGUUGUCGGAUGUAAACCCCUCUUGGUGGAAAUAAGAUAUAAAUUGAAUA